AUGAGGGAUGAUGGAACUUUUGAUCUCAAUUCUUUGAGAGAAGCACUCAACGUUGGGCAACCGCGUCCCGUACCUACUCUAGCUCAGACCGAACAAAACCAUCCUCUACGAGGCGGACCAAUCCCGAACCGUACCGAUGAGCAGAAAGCCCGUGACUUUGAGGUUGGAUUCUUGGGCGAACAAUAUGCUCCCUGGAUUCACAUGAGAGAUACAGAGGGUGCGCUUACCCAUCAAUUCAUGCAGACACAGCAUCACCAUGAAGUACCAGAUUGGCUCGAUACAUGCUGCAACGGUGGCAAUGUGCCACGAUAUCGCAUAGAGGUCAAGAGCACAACUAGUCGAGACGCAACUACUCCUUUCUAUAUGAGUGGAAAUCAGCACAAGUUGGCAAAAAAGCUGCGCGUCACCUCGGAGACGCCUUCUGAAAUCUACAUUAUCUUGCGAGUCUUUGGUUUGGAUGCAUUAGAAGAAGGGACGCAACAUCAGCCACAAUGGAAAGCGUAUAUGGAUCCGUACAGUCUAGUCAAACAUAAAGCUACUGAUUUCAGACGACCGUCGCGUUGGCAUCGUGUAAAUGGUUGGGGAGUUCACUCUAAGAGUGAGCCCAUUCAAUAG